AUGAAUUUGCUGAUGGUAAAGGAGCUGGACUGUUUGCCGUUUGUGCGGUGACUAAUACUACUGUUUGCAAUGUUGUCCUUUUGCUAAUCCUUUUAUUAGACCUUCACUUGAAUCAAAUAUGGCCGGCUGGCGCGCUGCUGGGCUCACUUAUCUCCGUUACAGCCAGAUCGCGGCUGCUGUUACCCGCAAAUGUGCUAAGGUCGCGGCUGGAACAAAAAGCACCGCUCCGGCCCCAGCGACCCUCAAGCUGACUUUCUGGGAGAAUGGAAAGCAGAUUGUCAACAAAGAUUAG